UGAGCCCCCUGUCACACCCCGCCUACUAGUUAGUUCUCACUUCUUUACGUCACCUGACUGCGCGCCAUGCAAAUCACACCGUUUCUAAAACGCCAUUGGCCGCCUCCAGCUCAUUUAAUCCCUGUCAAACCGCAUCAUAUGGCUGCUGCUCUAUUAACUUCUCUACUCCGUCAGAGAAAGUAGCUCAAAGACGCUUUUCAUCACUCUGGAUGUGAAAAGCAAGUGGAGGAGAAAAAAAAAGAAAGCUCUGGGGGGAAAAAAAAGUCCAAAGACGGUUUGAUUAUCAUUCUGGAUUAUAUUACUUUUUUUUGCCGUUUUCAAGGGGGUUUGUGUGGUAGUUUAGCUGGACUUUAGCGCCGAAGCUGAAUGUUCAUCUGUAUUGGUUGAAAAGUUAAAGCCAGGUGAAUGUAUAGCAUGAUGAUGGAGACGGACUUGCACUCUCCAGGACCCCAGACUAACGCGAAUUCGGGGCAAACUGGGCCAAAUAGCGGGAACAAAUCUAACCAAGACCGAGUCAAGAGACCGAUGAACGCGUUUAUGGUUUGGUCCCGGGGCCAGAGGAGAAAGAUGGCUCAAGAGAACCCCAAGAUGCACAACUCCGAAAUCAGCAAGAGGUUGGGCGCGGAAUGGAAAGUCAUGUCCGAGGCUGAAAAAAGACCCUUUAUCGAUGAAGCAAAGAGGCUGAGAGCCAUGCACAUGAAAGAACACCCGGAUUACAAGUACCGACCCCGGAGGAAGACCAAGACGCUGCUCAAAAAGGACAAAUAUUCUUUGGCUGGUGGUCUGCUGGCCGCUGGGGCUGGCAGCGGAGGUGGAGUCGGACUGGGGGUCGGGAUGAGCCCAGCGGGGGUCGGGCAGAGGUUAGAGAGUCCCGGGAGUCACGGUGGCACGGCAAACGCCGGGUACGCGCACAUGAACGGCUGGGCGAACGGCGCCUACUCGGGCCCCGUGGCAGCGGCCGCGGCCGCGGCAGCAAUGAUGCAAGAGGCUCAGCUAGCCUACAGCCAGCACCCAGGCAGCGGGGCGCAUCACCACCACGCUCACCACCACCACCCGCAUAACCCGCAGCCCAUGCACCGCUACGACAUGACCGCGCUCCAGUACAGCCCGAUCUCGAACUCUCAGAGCUACAUGAGCGCCUCUCCUUCAGGAUAUGGGGGGAUCUCCUACACGCAGCAUCAAAACUCAAGUGUCGCUUCGUCCGGGGCUAUCGGCACCUUGGGGUCGCUGGUGAAAUCAGAACCAAGUGUAAGCCCUCCUGUUACCAGUCAUUCUAGAGCUCCGUGUCCCGGGGACCUACGGGAAAUGAUAAGCAUGUAUUUGCCGACGGGAGAAGCAGGUGACCCGUCAGUCCAAAAUAGACUUCACGCACUGCCCCAGCACUAUCAGAGCACCACUACAGGGGUAAAUGGAACGGUUCCAUUAACACAUAUUUAAAAACUGCAACAAGCUUACAAAUUCACAUAACCAAAUAUUUACCUCUUUUUUAGAUUGUCACUGAACUACCUUUUGUACAGACUGUUUUUGAUGUUGUACAUUGAAGGUAAAUAUUGUUUUGAUUGCCUUUUAGAAACGAGAGAGAGAGAGCGAUAUUACGCAUACACGAGUUUUAGAAUGAGUUAAUGUUUUAUAAUUUUGUCCACAUUUAAGGGAUAAUUGUUCAUUUGUGUUCACAUACUAGGCGAUGCCAAGCUUUGAAACAAAUGUGGUAUUCCUAAUAUCACUGUUAUUUAAGUCACCAGGAUAUUUUUUUUCCUUUCUGUGCAAAAUGACAGAAGUUUUAAGAAAUAACAAAAGUAACUCAUGGCCUCCGAGCUAUGUAAAAUAAAUUAAACAAGACAAAUGUUAAAGUUCAUGAGGCAAUUUCUUUUCCAUUGGACAUAUAUUCAGACGUUUGUAAAAAUGUGAGUUUCUGUAUCUGAAACAUUUCUUUUUUGUUGUAAUAUUUCUUGUAAAUUGUGAAAUAAUUUUUAAUAUUCUAGAACCUGACAAGAGACUACGACUGUGUAAAUAGUUUACUAAAUGCAUUUCUGCCACAAAAAGAAAAUCCUGACAUUGCGUUGAAUUAUGAGUUAAAUAAAUUUUACAAACAUGUUGCCCUGAUUCUGAAAAAACAGCGACGUUUUUGUGUUUAGUUUCAUUUUUGAUGUCUUACCUAUAAAUACAAUAAUUACCUAUUUUAAAAGAUGUGACUUUUUUAUUCAUCGGAGCAAUUGAAAUUAACAGAAACGCGUAUUUAGUUAAGACCGGGUGCCUAAUAGUUAUUGAUGAAGUGUAAUUUACACAGACGGUAUUUAACAUCUGCCACGCUCUGUGUGACUUUUGCAUUUCAUUAAAAGUUAAAAGUUUUUAACUGAAUCGAACCUUGUUCCAGAACUUAUUGUGAAAAGUGAGCUUUACUGUAUGACGAAAGCACGCAUCAACUGAAAUAUUUAGUGACCUAAACAUGUGACUUAGCAAAUCGUAAAUACCUGUAAAUACUGAUUAAUUAAUAAUGACAAACGUAAGUGCUACACACUAGAGGAAAAAACACUUUGGUACUUGCAUUGACAAAUGAUAUAUAACAGUUACGUCCUGUUGCUCUGAGUGAAAAUGAGUGAAUAAAGACAGACAAUAUUUUUAUGAGAGAAUCAUAUCUUUCUAUUUUUAAAGUGUGUAAACAGACACUCAUAAAUUAUUAAAGAGAGAGUGAGUGCAAAAUGCUAAACGCGUCAGGACAAUAAUUUUUAAAAAGGGAAAGCAGAAUUAGAAGGCCUCAGAGUGAACUUAAAUUGCACUCUUUUUUAAGCUGUAUCGCAAGCAAAACACUUUUCCUCCCCCAAAUAACGUUAUUCUUUUACACUUUUUCUACGCACUUUCCCUUAUUUGAAUUGUAUUGCUAUUUAUUUUGUCACAUUAUUCAUUUUAGAGAAAAUACCCACGUAAGCAGUAUUACAUGUUUUUUUUUUAUUCUUGUAAUUUCCUUAUUGUUUUAAAAAAUGUUUUAUAGUAAU